AUGCAACGAGAGCGGCCGUCUCGCGAGUACGGUGCGAGUUGCAGCCAAGUUGCGAUCAAACGACUUUUCAUCGCAUUGCGCACUCAGGCUCUGCGAGAAUCGGCAUUGUUUCGUACUCCUCCUGUGCGUUCGCUCGCAAGCAUGGUGGCUGCCGAUCUGCUCGAGUCCCAGACGGAGCCAAGUACUGCCUUGAGCUUGUGUACAGGCACCUUGCCUCAUCAUAGGCCUGUCACAGUCGUACAACUGGAGCCGCUCACGCCAAAACAGCAGCAAGAGGCCAAGGCACUGGCUGCAUUGGGCAUGCGUAGACCCUCAAGCGCUAUCGUCAUCAAGCUGCCUUCAUUUUCUUCCCCACCAUCCGCAUCGACUCACGCGAGCUUGUCUGAUCGAUCCGUCUCAUCUUCGGAUGAUACUCAGGAGAAUGACAAUACGGCCGAGAUGGAGCUCGCGCUCGUUCGCACACGCUCGCCUGCGCCGGGCCAUGUAUCGCCCGAGACACCAGCUCAAGUUUCUCUACCUCGAUGCGAAAACACUGCCAACCUGCACCUCUCGUCCGAGCGACACAAUAAACUCAGACCACGCAGCGCUUCCGACGUAUCUCAUCGUGCGACACGACGCAGAGGUGGUCGUCGAGGUCAUUCCGUCUCAGCGGCGCCCAACAUCAGCUCCGAGGCCUGGCGUGGCACGCAGCUCACGCCACUCACAGAAAAGGAGGAAUUCAUCGACCUCAUGACGCCUUGUUGGCGUCAAGCUGACGACGGUGCUGCUCAUGCGAUCGUCCUCGCAGGCAGUCAGUUGAGAGCUGAUGCUCCUGCCUUUGCACCUGCAGCUCAGUCCGAGCAACCCUGUUGUCCGGUCACACAGUCGGCUGAACCGCGGUCAGGCUCAAAGCCGCAAGCAAGCUGCGACGCACCGUACUCACGAACGGCCAGCUCAGCUUUGCCUGCCGCAUCCUCCACUGUUCCGGCAAGAGGGCCGAUGCCUUGGCCGUCGCGCACGCAAGCUGAUUUGCGCCCAGUCAACUCGCCGCGCGAACCGUCUCGCGACAGUGGACUACGCCCGCGUGCCAACACUGAGCACAGUACUAGAACCUCGCCUCAUGUCAAAUCGCUCAUCGAAAGCUUUCACCAGCUUCAUCAAGCGGAUGAGGGUGUUCCUGUCAGCUUGCCUAUUCAUACUCGCGCGAGAACGAGAACAGUGUCAGAUGAUGCGGGCGAGAACUUCCUCGCUCGACUCUCGAGAUGUCUCCAACCUCAAGCGAUCUCGCACGAAGCACCUCCAGACACACAAGGACGUCUCGAAGCUAGUCAGCGGACCAUCAUCGAUCUGCAGCACAAGCUGCAAGUGAAGACCGCCGUCGAGCGUGAGCUGCGCCAGCAGAUCAGCAUCCUCGACUCGCGCAACUCUCUGCUGACCUCUGAUAUCGCCAAUGCCACGGCCACUAUGAAGACGCUGCAGCACAGCUUUACCCACUCGGAAACAGAGAUACAAGAGCUGCGAGCGAAGUUGGUCCAGCUUCAGCAUCUGAAUCAGCAAAUGCAGGCUAUCCAGUGCAACGGUCAUUCCGAUGCCCAUGCUGGCCAUUCGAGGGCCUCCGAAUCGCACAUUGCCGUCAUCUUACGCCGUGUCAGUGCGCAGGAUUCGCGAAUCGCAGACUUGACUCGGCAGCUACGAGAUCGAAGUGAAGCUGAUCACUCGUCGCUCGUCUACAACACACAAAGCCCUUUGUCAGAGUCUCUUGCAUCCUCGCAGGACGAAAGUCCGUGCCAAGUCAACGGACAGGGCGAGAACAGUGAUGACGUCGAAGAAGACGCGACUUUGACGCAUGACAACGAGCAUCUCGUUGACGCACCGCGCUCGCCUUACGCGCCUGAGAAAGCGCCCUUCAUGCUUCAGGCACGGCCAGCAUAUUGCGCAUCGUCGCGUAGAUCCUCGCUGCAGGGUCUGCCCUACAUCGUGUCCAGUCAUGAUUGCAACUGA